UUUAAAGAGCAACAGGCAGACAGCUGCCAGUGCAUGUCAGGCAGAGAGCAGGAGCUGGGAACCCCCAGCUUAUAUCCUUCAAGCUUUAGGGAAUCUCCAGCCAGUCAGCUAGUGUCAGAGUACAAGAGGCUGUGUUCCAGGAGCCAUCUGGGGUUUGUUUGCCCCAUUUAAAGGGUCCUCCCUCAGACAAGGAGCCAGACUGAGCACUGGACACUAGCAGAGAGAUGGGUUCCAGCCUGCCCUAGAGUCUGUGCCAAAGCUAAUAGUAACCUUCGCCCCCCUGCAUUGUGUGUUGUUCCAUUCACCUGUCCAGAAUCAGCAGAAAGAGAGGCUGUGGCUCCACUGAGCAGAGAUGGAUAACUGGACCUUCCUGGGAGAGUUCCUUGAAGAGGUCCACAAGCAUUCCACCGUGGUGGGGAAAGUCUGGCUGACCGUGCUUUUCAUCUUCCGGAUGCUGGUGCUGGGCACAGCGGCGGAGUCCUCAUGGGGAGAUGAGCAGUCUGACUUCAUGUGUGACACCCGGCAGCCUGGCUGCGAGAACGUUUGCUAUGAUAAGGCUUUCCCCAUCUCCCACAUCAGGUACUGGGUCCUUCAGGUCAUCUUCGUCUCCACCCCGUCCCUGGUGUACAUGGGGCAUGCGAUGCACACGGUGCGCAUAGAGGAGAAGAGAAAAAUGAAGGAGGCAGAAAUGAGGCCAAAGGGGAUUAGAAGCAGUGGCGAUUCUUACCACCAACAGGAGUACCCUGUGGCAGAGAAGGCAGAGCUCUCCAGUGGGGAGGAAUCAAGUGGAAAAAUAAUACUCCAGGGUAGCUUGCUGAACACCUAUGUCUACAGCAUUUUGAUCCGCAUCACUAUGGAAGUGGCCUUCAUCGUUGGACAAUACAUCCUCUACGGGAUCUUCCUGCAGACCCUGUACACCUGUCACCGGGACCCCUGCCCUCACCCCGUGAACUGCUACGUCUCACGUCCCACAGAGAAGAACGUCUUCAUCAUCUUCAUGCUGUCCGUGGCGGUGUUGUCGCUCUUGUUGAGCCUGGCCGAGCUGUACCACCUGGGGUGGAAAAAAGCCAAGCAGAAGUGUGCUAAAUCUUACAAACCCAGCCCCACUAUGGCUGCUGGCAAACUGGAGCCUGCACCCCAAGUGGAGAUGGCUCAAAGUUGCACUCCCCCUCCAGAUUUUAAUCAGUGUUUGGUCAAUCCCAAUGGGAAAUUCAUCAGCCCUUUCAGCAAUAAAAUGGCCUCUCAGCAGAACACGGACAACUUUGCCACUGAGAGGGUCCACAGUCAAGAGAAUGCAGCUGGAGAAGGCCAAUUUAUCCAGAUCAACUAUGCACAGAGUCCUGAGGCACCCAAUGACUCUGCCCCCCACCAGGUCUCCAAUGGCUAUUUCAAUGAGAAACGCAGGCCCAGCAAGACCAGCCGCGCCAGCAGUAAGGCUAGGUCAGAUGACCUGUCUGUGUGACCUGUUGCCAGGUGGGGCAAGGAGGGAGGGAAAGCCUCAAUGCUAAGCAAAACUUCUGCAGUGUGGCCUUUGAACUCCUGCCAUUCUGCUCUCUGUUUUAUGGCCCUCUGCUCCUUUUUAGUGAAUGGCACUGCCCUACUCCAGACAGCACUUCUUAAGCUUUAGAACAGGGAGGGGCAAACUUUCCCAAUAGAGGGCAGACUGGCAACUUGCCAGGAGCCUGAACACAGCACUUAAAUUGCAGAAAAUACAGCAGAUGCUAGCCAACCUCAUAUUUAAUGGAGAGGCGCCACCUACAGGGACCACAGGACCUGCCAUUCCUAGUCAGAUAGAGAUGGAACAUUGGCUAGCAGGACCUGUAAUCUCCAGAGAUUGCAUCUCCCCUUUAAAAAUGAGGCUGGCCAUGAGCUGCAAUAUUGAACUCACCAAGCCAUACACUGGCCACCUCACUGUUGCGUUGGAAUUACUUUAACAUGGAGCUAAAUCCACUUUGCAAGCACACCAAGUUACAACUUUUCUCUCCUGAGAAAAACAGAAAUAAAACACUAGGUCUUUGAAUAAAAUGCUUUAUAUUUUGCUCUCUCUCUUCCCUUUUCCAUGCCUGGGCCCAGACACAUUAUCAGGGAUGGCUCCAGGCACCAGCGCACCAAGCGUGUGCCUGGAGCGGCAGGACAUGGGGCGUGGCCUGCUGGUCACCGUGAGGGCGGCAG